UGUCCAGCUUGUCCCCUGCCUGGGGUGAACAUGACUAGAGAACAUACAGACACACCAUCUAACCCAUUAUGCAGGCAUCUAGCCACCCUAAUUGUUGGUGGAGAUGGCAAUUCCCAUCUACAGCUGAAGGAUAAGUGGAGAAAAGAUGAAGAUAUCAGCAUAUUGGAUGGUCAGGGAUAUUUUCUGCUGAAGGGCAAGUUUGAGGAGUAUGUU